AUGGCAGCCCCGAAAAUCAAGCUGUACACCAAUCACAACUGUCCCUUUGCUCACCGUGCUCACACCGUAUUGAAAGAGCUAGGGAUUCCUUACGAGGAAGAAAUUAUUGACCUAUCUGUUCCUCGAACACAGGAGUACCUGAAGAUCAACCCACGUGGACUGGUGCCCGCUCUUUCAUAUGAUGGCGAAAUUAUCACCGAGUCUGUCGUCGUGAGUCAAUUUCUGGCUGAUGCGCAUCCGUCUCACCUCGUACCGGCUUCCGACAGUAAGGAGGGUGCUCUGCGCCGAGCACGCAUCAACUUCUUUGUCGACACAUACAGCACGAAGGUGAAUUCCAUCUUUUUCAAGGUAUUUGGCCACAAAUCAGAGGACGAAGCCGAAGAAUUGGCUAGCGGUCUCGUGGAUGUCAUCACAAAGGAGAUCGAGCCUUUGUUGAAAGAUGCUACCCCAUAUUUCGGCGGGAGCGAGAAGGUUACACUGGCAGAGGCCCUCACAGCCUCGUUCGUCAUCCGCUUGAUUUCCCUCUCAAAGUAUGGGGUCUUUCCUAAGAGUUUGGUUGGCUCCCUUGCGGAAAAGGCGCCCAAUUUCUACCGGUGGGCGGAGGUUCUCAUUGACACCCCUAGCGUGAAUUACAUAUAUAACGAAGAGUUCAUUGUUGAGGCGAUGAAGAAGAGAAUUCCGAGGUUCAAGAGCCUCUGA